UAUUAACUUUCACAGUCACGUCACAUCGAUGUUUGCGGUUUCUGCUGUAAAGCUGUUUCAGAGUGAUAUAUUGUGAAAUUGUUCUGGUUUGUAAUAGCCCCACGUAGAUUGUGUCAGUGAUCCGAUAACCUCACUGUCAGUGAUAGGCUUUCACCUGUCGCUGUUAUGUAAAUGUUGCGCCUCCUCUCUAGGCAAAUUUUGCUAACUUUUCUUAGCUAGCUAACUGACUCUUUUUGCAGGUUAUUUACCUUUGCACUUUAUGAAAUUGACUAGCAGUUGAGGAAUUCAUUUAGGAGAAUGCUAUUUAUGAGGUAAAUUUACCUCCAACCGAUAGCAGCUGUGGCAUAUUUUUACAGUCACAUGCUGUAAUUUAUUUCGGGCAGUUCAAGGAAAUGAGGAAGUUCUUAAUUUCCUGACUCCCGUGCCCUUUUCCCCACAAUGGCCUCUUCCUCAGUUGGAGAUAAUCAACUGCAGAGGAUAAUCAGAGAUCUGCAUGAUGCUGUGUCGGAGUUGAGUAUGGAACACACGGAGUGUGGUGAACCCAUCACCGAUGACAGCGCCAGCCUCCGCAAGUUUUUCUAUAAACUAGAGUACCUGCUACAGUUUGACCAGAAAGAGAAGACAACCUUUCUUGGCCAGAGGAAAGACUACUGGGAUUACUUCUGCGACUGCCUGAAUAAUAUGAAGGGAGCUAAUGAUGGUAUCCGUUUUGUUAAGUCCAUCCCUGAGUUGAAGACAUCGCUGGGAAAAGGAAGGGCCUUCAUUCGCUACUCACUGGUUCACCAACGUCUCGCAGACACACUGCAGCAGUGUCUUUUAAAUGAGAAAGUCACGAGUGACUGGUACUAUGCUCGGAGUCCCUUCCUCAAGUCACAACUCACUGCUGAUAUAAUCUGUCAUCUUUAUGAGCUCAACCAGAUCCAGUUUGAUGUGGCAGCCAGAGGUUAUGACCUCGAUGCAGAUUGGCCGGCCUUUGCAAGGCGAACAUUAGGCACAGCCCCACCAGCUUUCCAGUGGAAGCCUCCCAGUCGCUGCUCCAGCGUCAACAGUCUGGUUAGCAGCUAUUCACAGUCACAGGCACAAGAGUUUCUCCCAGUCUCAGACUUGAGUCACACUCUCCUUGAUGAAGUGGGAGAACUGGGGGAACCUUCUUCUUGCAGUGUCACAGAGACUCUCCGCAUUGAGCUUGAUCAGUCUGAGCUCAGACAGCAGGAACUUCUUCUACGGGUUCAGGAGUUAGACAAAGAGGCUAUUGAGCUGAAAGGCAUAGUUAAAGACCUUCAAAGCCAGCUAGCAGCUCAGAAGUCUUCUGGACACUCGGAAUUCACAGAAGCCCAAAGUAACCAAGAAGCAGACAAUCAAGACAGAGUAAAUCACCUUCAGAUCUGUAGGGAAGCAAUAAGCAGUGAAGUUCAAGACAGACUGACAGCUGCUGAGAACAGAAAUACAGAGCUUCUCUCUAAGUUGGAUGAGGCACUUGAAGAAAAGGGACAACAAGCCAUCAGCUACUAUGGCUCAGCCUGGAAGAUCCAGGAGCUCCUGGAUAAACUCAAGGUGUUAGAGGAGGAGAGAUUGGAGGCAAAGAGAGAGGCUGAUGAUAGGGCCGUGCACUCUGAUCGCUUAUCACAGGAACUUAAACAAAGGGAAGGAGAUUUGAGAAACAGUGAGGAGAAGCUAGCUCAAGUAAAAGCUGGAGCCCAUGCUGAACAGAGGGAGGCACUCAAACGGUUGGAGGAGCUCCAAGGGGUAGUUGGUCAAAUUCAGGGGGCUUUGAGUUUGAAGGAGGAGGAAACAGGGAACCUGAGAGCCCAGUUACAAGAUCUACAAGCAUCACUGGAGUGCAGAGAACGACAGGCAGAGGAGUUGAGGAAAAGACUGCAGGAAGAGAGACGUAGCAUGAGUAGUAGCCAGAAUGAGGAACUGGAGAGUCUGAUCUUGGACUUAAGAAAAACUCUAAAAACCAAAGAGAAGGAACUAGUUGUUAGUUCAGAGAGAAUAAAACAUUUAGAGGAGCAGUUGGAGAAACUAAAUGUUGAGAAAGAAAGUCUGCACUGUAGACUCAAUCAUAAUGAAUUCACCUCCUGUGAUCAAACUGAGAACCUUGAGGACUACAAAAGUCAAUGCGGUGAUCUCUUCGAACAAAACACUAAGUUACUUCAAACAGUUAAUAUGAGUGAGGAGAAUGUUAUACAGCUGAUAGAGAGCAGGGCUACCUUGUUAGACGAGCUAGCUUCUUUGAGGGCUUCUGAGAAGCACUUAAAGGGGAGGUUAGAGGCUGCAAACAUGGGUGUAGAAGACAGGGAAAAAAAGCUUUUAGAUGAAAACCUGCACUUGGAGGAGGUCACCCAGAAGCUGCUCAUCCAGAAGGAAGUAUCAGACACUCAAUUAAAGAAACUAGAGCAUCAGAACAGGGAGCUCCUUGAAGUUCAGUCAUUGUUAAAGAAACAGUUACCAACAACUCAAGAGGAACUGGAAUCUCUCGCUGCCAAAGCCGCAAAGCUGGACAAGAGCCUCACAGUGUCCCAAAGAAGCCAAGCAGAGUUAUGUGAAAAACUACAGGAAACUGAGGCUAAAUUCGGAGAACAACCUGUUAAAUGUGGGCUUCUGCAGGUUCAAGCAAAGGAGCUGGAGAGCAGAACCAGAGAGCUGCACAAUGAAAAAGGAGCAGCAGAGAGCAAUGAAGCAAUGCAGACACUUCAUGAUGAAAAUCAUUCAUUUGUGGAAACCAAAGAGCCUCUAUCCAGAGUGGCGAUAACUGAGGCCCAACUGGAGGUCAGCCUAUGGGAGGUAACCAUGCUCCGGGAAGAGGUGGUGGAGCUCAGGGCUCAGCUUCUAUCAGGAAAUGAGGAGAGGAUGAAAGGUCAGGCCCUGCAGGAGAUGACAGAGGCCUCCAGAAAGGACCUUCAGUGUUUAGCAGAACAACUCAAGGCCCAGGUGGAGGAACUAAACCGCCAGCAUGUUGAUGAGAUUCUUCGCUCCCGGGAGCAAGUGGACACCCUUAUCCGUGAGCGAGACGGUGAGGCUCAGGCUCGAGCAAGUCUGGCUGCAGAGGUGACGGCUUCCAGAGAGGAGCUCAGUAAACUGAAGCUGCAAUAUGAUGCCUUGAGUCUGGAGAACAGUGAAUCCAGGGAGGCGCUCCAUAUUGCAAACACAGAGACAGCUGAACUCGGUGUGCGCGUUUGUAUGCUAACUGCUGAGAAUGAAGAGGCUCGUCUGCACUGGGAGGGUCUGUCGACAAAGCUGCAGGAGCUGGAGGAGGAAGGGGCUCUGGAAGUUGAGAGGCUGAAUAAUUACAUGGAGCAACUACGUCAGGAGAACCAACAACUCCUCAGUCAGCUCCACAACGAGAAGGGUCUGUUGUCAACCAAGCAGAAGCUGCCGAAGGAGCUGAGCGAGGCCCAGCAGGAGGCUGAAGAUGGACAGAAAAUAAACCAGGAGGAGAUCCAGGCAUCCCAGCUCCAGCUCAGCAGCCAAGACAUGAGUCAUGGCAGCCAGCUUCAGGGUGUGAACCAAGAGUUAGAGGAAAUGAGAUUACAGCUGAUGACUGAGCAGGAGAAAGUGGUCAACUUGAAGAACAAACUCGAGCAGCUAGAGGCAGAGAAUCAGAGAUAUUGCCAACAGACUGAGGAGAGAAACAUCCAGAUGGCCGAGUCUGAAAAUCUCAUCCAGCAGAAAGAUGACGAGAUAACCCAUCUGAAAGAGAAUUUAUCAAGGUCUGAGAAGGGUCUAGCAGCGGCUCAGCAGUCCUGUGAGGAGUUGAGUGAAAAUCUACGGAGAGCCACAAUGGACAAACAGAGCUUCGAUCUUAAGACGGCCGCUGAAAUCGAUGAUCUUUACCGGACCAAAAUCAACUUGGAGGAAAGACUGGUGCAACUCAUCAGGGAGAAGGAUGCUCUCUGGCAGAAGACAGAUGCCCUAGAGUUUAAGCAGAAACUGCGCGAUGAGGAGAUGGAGAGAGACGUGAACUACUGUCUAGGCUGUCGCACUCAGUUCAGCUGGUGGCUUCGCAAAUAUAACUGCAGGCUGUGUGGGCGUCCCUUCUGCUACUACUGCUGCAGUAACACAGUGAGCACCCAGCAGGGCGGCAACAGAGAGAGCUGCUGCAGGGACUGCUACAACAAGCACAGUGCAGUAGUGGAGCGCCACCCACAGGAGGAAGUGACAAACAGCACACUGGGUUCACCUUUUAAACGUUUGCUCCAGACAGGAAGAACUAUGACCAGUGUCUCAGGACCAGAUGAAGGUGACAAACGUGAUGAUGGUGUUUUUGACAUCGUCACAGAGGACGAAGUGAGGGGGGUCCACCACAGUGACUCCAUCUCUUUUGCCAGUGCCUGCUCUCCUGGACACGGCCAGCAGAGGGCAGCACAACUCAAUGCCAGCAUAGGAGGAAGCACAUCAGAGGAUACUGAGAACCUCAGUGCAACAGUGCAGGAUGCAGAGAUUUGCCUGCUGAAGUCUGGAGAACUCACGCUUUCUGUCCCCUGCACAGUGGAUGACAUCUCAGGAUUUGGGGACAGUUUCCGAGAGCUCUUCAUCAAGUCCAGCUGUUACAGCACCAUCCCCAUCACCAUCAGUAGUCCUGGUCCCACCGUCACCUGGAGGUUUACAUCCGAGCCAAAGAGCAUUGCCUUCAGUGUGGUCUACAGAGAGAGCACAGAGAUGCCGCUGGAGCAGGCCAAGGUUUUAAUCCCACUGACUCGCUGCAACGCCCACAAAGAGACAGUUGAGGGGCAACUGAAAGUCAGAAACCCUGGAGAAUACACACUCAUCUUUGACAAUUCCUUCUCCAGGUUCAUCUCAAAAAGAGUGCUGUAUCAUCUGAGUCUAGACAAGUCUGCAAUGGAACUGACCUCUCCUGAACAUGACAGGAAGCACAAGAAGGUGUAAAACGGACUUUGAAACCAGGGUGUUGAAGCUCAUGCACGUGACUUCAAGGCAACUGUGUCAGAGAUGACUGAUGUUCAGCGACCUUAAUGAAAGGUUAUGGCAUUCUAAAAAUGUCCCUCACAGCUUGCUGCCUGCUCAUGAGGUGUCACACAUCAGAUGAAUUCUGGUCAUGGGAAAGCUGAACAGGCUGAAAACAAUGAAGGUAAUCAGCUUUACACUAUUCAGUGUGAGGCAGCACUACCUUUUAUAAAAGCUUGACAUUGUACAGUAGUUUAAAUGGAGCAUUAAGGACGUUGAUCUUUAGUUGAUCAACGGAGGUUUGUUAUUACUGUAUGCUACAGGUUUGUCAACAUGCCCAUCUCCAGUUGGCAACUUUCAAAACUGCAUCCUUGCAGGGGUAAUUUUACUUCACCCUGAGGUGGAAUUGAUUGAUAAAUUAAUUGUGUUCCUAUUAUUCACCCCUCAUGAAGACUGCUGUGGGUAAAAGGGGAAUAACAUGCUUCCCACUAGGAGCUGGUGAUGUGGCUGAAAUCCUUUAUCACUACAUGUAAUACCUGGAAAAUCAGCAGAGAACUCGAUAAAAUAACAACACAGGAAUGCUUGAGUUUGACUUAUCUUGAGAUUAAAUGCUUGUUAAAUCAACACUUUUUGACACUUAUGCAAAAGUAAUUUAAAAACUCAAUACCGAUGUGAGUCAGCUUUGUACAAUGAUACACCAAGCUGUUAAAGGGGGUAGGGGGAUGUAAAUGGCAUUGAAAAAUCUCUGACAGCUGACCAACAAUAAGAUUUUCUAGAGUAAAGUUUGUUGUUGUAGUUGCCUAAGCUGGUAUAAAUGGAAUAAUUAUUAACUUUAAUCUUAACUGAAUUAGUUUUACUGUCUUAAACACACCAGUAACAAACCACUACGUGUAACUAACUGUAUGAAUGGGUCAAACCUAGUCUUCACACUGUGUCCAAAACCUGCACGGAACGCUCUUGUAAAGUUCAUGCUCUUUUCACCUGUCUUUAUGACUGUUGCCUUUUUAGCUGUCAGACACGACAAGAAAUGUGUUGCUUCACAGUCAUGAAGCUGCAGCACCAACACAUUGUACAGUUUUACCGUGCCUCAGUUAAACAGGCUUUAAUUCAACACAUGGUUAAUGAUGAUUUCAGCCAGCAAAUAGGAGAAAGUGCUUUCUAUGCAUGUAAACACUAAGAAUCUGCACAUUCCUCAACCCAACUUCUUGUAACCCUCACAGGGAUCAGUGCUUUAAAUAUUUAACUAACAAAUUAAUCUAAUGAACUGGCAGUUACCUUUUUACAGAUGCUGAUGAUUUAGCAUUACAUUUAGUGAGGAUAUUUAAUUUCUCAUUACAUACAUAACACCUUUAUAUGAAGGAAUAAUGUUUGUUUUGGAAAAACAAACAAUAGUGAUGCUAUUUAUUUACAGAAUGCUUUUCUAGAUAGAAAGAGAAGUUAGUUUUGAUACAGUUUAAUAUUGUUGUAUAUUGUGUUGAAUAAACUACAGUGUGUCAAACAGAAAUAGGAGAAGUUAAGCAAACAAACAGUACAAGUCCAAAAAUCUGCUUUAGACUUAACGUUUUCCUUUAUGGACUUAUUUGAAGAGUUUAAUUUUGAAGAGUAACUUUUUAAGAAGAGUGUCUAGAUUGAAUCUGUUGAUUAUACUGACUUAAAUAUACUAAAACACUUUAUUCAUCACUUUAUUAUUGAACAGAGAAUUUUCUAAAUACCUUCCAACUUUGAAGAUAAUUUUAAAAGCUGCAUUUUAAACAUAACUGACAGAAGGAAUCAAAGUAUAAAAAACAACACAACACAAUACACUUUAUAUGUAUCUAAAAGUCAUAUAUUACCAAAUAUAUUGGGGAGACACA